AUGUACAACCCGUACCAACAACCCCACCAGGGUUCGAAUCAACAAAACCUCUACCAGCAGCAAACAGGUUUUGUUAAUCAGGGCCAGCAGACAAAUCGUAUCCCUACCGCUGCAGGCUUUGGAAAUUACCAACAAUACGUUCAACCGCUUCCGCCUCAACAACAACAGCAACAACAACAGUCACAACACCAGCAACAACAACAACAACAGUACCAACAACAGCAGUACCAACAACAGCAGUUUCAACAGCAACAGCGUAGUUAUGGUGAUAUGAAUAUCUAUCAACAGCAGCAGCCACAGCAAACUGGUUAUUAUAUGCAGGGUCAGUUUCAGGCACAGAAUCAAUUACAGACUCAAUUGCAGCCUCAGAAGACUUCUCAAAUGUAUGGAAAUUCCCCAGUUACAGGGAUUACAUCAGCACCAACAGGGUUUGACCAGGCUUUAAAACCGCAGCAAACAGGCUAUUAUGCACAACAGCAAUGGCCUAACGAGCCUUUGAAACCUAAUGCUACUGGGUUUGUGAAUUCUUUUGCCUCUAAUGGUAUCAACAAAGAACUACAUAUUCCCCUAAUUAGGUUGUCCUUUAUUACUCCAGCAGACCAAGCUAAAUUUGAGAACUUGUUUAGACAUUUUGUUCAAAAGGGAUCAAAUACUAUCUCUGGAAGUGAUUGUAGAACUGUUUUGCUUAGAUCCGGGUUGAACCCCUCUCAGUUAGCGCGUAUUUGGACUCUUUGUGAUACUAAUAAAGCCGGCGAGUUAUUAUUUCCUGAGUUUGCAUUAGCUAUGAGUUUAGUGAACACUGUGUUAAAAGGUGAUUCCAUACCACAUGAGUUACCUCCCAAGAUUAAAAAUGAAGUCAACGGCUUUGUUGAUGCUAUAAACUUCAGUUGCGCAGACCAAGCUAGUGAGGCGAGUACUCCAUUCGAUGAGUUCACUAUUGGAAUUGGUACGUUGCACCCUCAAGCAACAGGUUUUAUGCCUCCAACUUCAUUUGGUGUGCCAAUGUUGAGUCAAAUGACAGGUGGUACAGGCACAGGUACUAACUUCCCUAUGAACACCACAUUUAAUCAAGUAAUGCCUUUGCAAUCUCAACACACCGGUGGCCUACCAAAUCAGGGGAUGAUGCAGCCGCAGAUUACAGGAGGAGCACAACCUAGUAUGUCAGGAAAUAUGACUGGAGUGAUAUCUUCUCAAGGAAUGAUACAACCACAGCUAACUGGCGGAACUCCAUCCACUGUGCCCAUGCAACGUCAAAUUACAGGUGGAAUGCAAUAUCAAGCACCCAUACAAUCUCAAUAUACUGGGGGAAUGCCAUCUCAGGGUACUGGCGGGGCUCAAAAACCGUUAAAUACUGGCAGUAUGCCUCAAAUUUCAUUUGGCCAACCACUACAGUCACAAAACACUGGUAGUGCUGUCCAACAACCGAUGAACAGUGGCUAUACACCCGCAGUGCAGUCCCAACCUACAGGUUUCUUACCACCGGCUUCUUUUGCGCCUACAGCUCCGUUAGUAGCUCAGAAAACUGGCUUUGGUAACAAUGAAAUAUAUAACAAUACUAAUUUCAUUUCCAAGUUUUUGGUUGAGGAAGAUCGGUUAACCCCAGAAGAAAAGUCUCUAUUUUAUAAGAUUUUCGACACUUACGAUUCUGAAAAAACCGGCUUGUUACAUUUCAAAGUAGCGGCAGAAGUUUUUAGGAAGUCUGGUUUAAACAGGAGUGAUUUAGAGCAUAUAUGGAACCUAUGUGACACUAAUGGAUCUGGACAGUUGAACAAACAAGAAUUUGCUCUUGGUAUGCAUCUAAUUUAUCGGAAACUGAAUGGCUAUGCAAUGCCAAAUGUGUUACCACCAAGUCUUGUCCCAAGUAGCACUAGAAUUCUGAACAAUGUUAAAAAACAGUUGAAAGGUUCCACUUCCGAUAAGAAUAAAAAAGAACCUACCAGAAUUGACGGUUUAGCUUUUAAACAUAACGAUGACGAUGUUUUGCCAAGCUUCAGAAACCGUAGAAAAUCCACUGUAGAACAACAACAUGCAGAUGAGAAUAAAGAGACUAUCAAAAACUUGAGGAAUGCAAUUGAUGAAAAAACCCAUCAGCUCAAUUCUGAAAAAUCUUUAUUACAACAGUUGUUGCAAUCUCAACAAGCUGAAGAUGAGGAAGCAAAGAAGCAGAUAGAAAGGUUGAAGGAACAAAUCUUGUCGCUACCUAUUGGUGAUGCAAUACCACCGCAUGUACCACCUGAAUUAAGGUCUCGGUUCGAAUCACUGGCGAACAAAAUACCUAUUUUGUUUAAUGAUAUAACUCGGAUCGAUGAGGAAAUUACAAGCGCUAAGAUACAGCUUUAUAGCGCCAAGAAUCCUUCUGCUAUAGUUGGUAGUGGUCCUAACGGAGAAAUUACAGAAUAUGAUCAACGUAAAGCAAAGCAAAAGGCACUUCUAGCUUCUAGAAUGGCUGCACUCACUGGAACUACUAUCGAUGCCCCAGGUGCUGAAGACAUUGAAAUCGAGGAGAAGAAAUUUAGUGAACAGGUUGCGAAGAUCAGAGAUGAACAUAAGAGAAACAGAGAUAUCAUUAAUGAUAUCAAGAGUUCCAUUACUGAAAUAUCAACUCCCGUUAGCACACUUAUCUAUGGUUCUAGCGAUGGUUCUAAAGCAGAUCCUUCCCAACAGAAGUGGGAGUUAGGUAUUGACUUAGAGCCCGAAGUCUUCGAGUUUGUCAAGCAGUUGCGGAAUAAAGCGGAACAAGAGCGUCAAAAAAGAGAGUCUGAGGAAAGAAGCUAUAGUUUUAACAGGUCCCAACAAACCCGGAACACGGAAAAUGCUAUGCGCUCUUCUACUACCAGAUCACCUUCCCGCUCUCCAAUACAACCUCAAGUGCAUAACCAUUUGCCUCCUCGCUCGCCGCAAAAAGGCUACAGUAUAGCUGCAGAGGACCGCAAUAUUCAGACGGCAAGCUAUAAGCCUUCGGGAUCUUAUUACAGUGACUACAAUGAUGCAAAUGGGAGAGCUGAAUAUGUCAAACAACAAGCAAAUAAUACUGGCGCACAAGGUUCUGAAUCCGGUUCUUAUAAUAGAAAUCCUAGUAACAAAACCUCUGUAUACGAUACUACUGCUUCUGUUGAUGAAGAAGAGGAUGAAGAGGAGCGGAUAUUGAGAGAAAAACUCGAGGCUUUGAAGUUAAGGAAGAGAGCUGAAAGACAAGCUGCCAUGACUAGCUCUAUUCCGAACUCUGAGAGCCCUAGUAAUGCGAAGAUGGACAGCGAUGGUAAUAGCUCAUGGGAUGAUGAACCCAAUGUGCCAUCACAACCCACUAUCAGUACUAGGUUGCAAAAAGUUACAAGCAUGCAAACUGGUAGCGAUGAUACUUUGACUACUCCAGCAUAUAUUAGCGCUAAUAAUACUGGGACAAGUGAAGCGUCAAAACGCUCAUUUUUUAAGCAACCCGAUGCUUCGUCCUCAACUUUUGAUCUAAAGGCUGCCGAACAACAGAGAAGAUUACAAAGGGGUCUGGAUGAUAGCGACGGCUGGUCAGAUGACGAGGCUGAUAAAGAAGAAAAUGGAAACCAAACCAAUGGCGAUAUGGGUCAAGACGGUAAUAGUGCUCAAAGUUACCGGCCUUACACUCAGGUGACUGCUCCUUCGCCUGUUCCUAUAGCCCCACCUUUGCCUCAACUAAUUAAAUCAACUAAUAUCGCCUCAGAAGCAGAACCUAAAAAUGAAGGAAUGCUGCAGCACCCCCCACCAGCAAAAGAACAGCAACCAGGUGCCGUUUCUUCCACUUCUCCUGCAGUUCCGGUAGCUCCUCCUUUACCACCAAUAAAGUUGAGUAGUGGCCAAGCCGCAGAACAUAACUCUCCUGAUGCUAACUCUGCCGUGAACAAUGGAAACAACUCUGAUGUAUUGUCUUUGCCUGAAUCUGUGGACAGCGAGGAUGAAUAUCGGACACCCAAUAUUCCCUUUAUACCGCCACCUCCACCGCUGCCAUAA